AUGAGUAUUUAUAAUUAUAAACCUCGAGAUUUAUUAAUUGAAGAUGACAUAAUAUACUGUCGACCACACCAUCUUGAAACAUGUUCAACUUGUGAUUUAAAUCUAGCUCCGUUAAACUCGCUUCAUAAAUCAUUAUUGGCAAUAAAAGGCAAUAUACCACCUCCAAAUGCUGUGGAUCAGUAUGUUUCCAAACAAAUAACAGGUUUAAAAGAUGAAGGCAACAAGCUUUAUAAUGCACAAAGCUAUAAUGAUGCAAUAAAAUAUUAUACUACAGCUAUAGAACUGGCUUUCCAGCGACCGUUUUGGGAACCACAUGAAAUUGCAGAACAAGAUUUGGCAAUUUGUUUGAGUAAUCGAGCAGCAGCUUAUAUAGGAUUGGAGGAUUGGGUUAGUGCAUAUGUGGAUGCAGAAUUUUCUAAUAGGAUAAAAGAAAAUUACCCAAAAGGAUAUUUUAGAAAAGGUAAAGCUUUGAUGGGAAUGAAAAAAUAUCAGGAGGCAAUCAAAAGUUUUGAAAUUGGGUUGGGACUUGAUCUGAAGAAUAAAGAGAUGAAAAGUGCACUUGAAGAGGCAACCGAAUUAUUAAAGAAAAACUAUGAUGAAUAA